CUCAAUACGGAACCAUCAACACGUGUUUUAAUGUUUGCCCGGGGACGUUUUACAGGACGGACCGUUUGUUUAUAAGCGUCUCCGGAAGUGACUCUGAUUGGCUGCUCAGGUUUAAACAGGAUUUCUAACUGGGUCUCCACAGUGAAUCAUCUCUCUCUCCACACAUCCCUGUCUUCUGCACGUGCACCCACUAGCUUCAGAUCCUCAUUAAUUACAUCACUCUCCUCCCUCCUCUACAUCGUCGACCGACUAACAGGAAAAUCAUCAGUAGAUAAAGUGUUUGGGGAAGAUAAAGGUCUUCAGUCGUAGUUUAAAGAAUCAUUUACAGAUCAGCGACAGAGAGAGCUGCAGUCUCCAAAUGACAAGAUACUGAACAUCCAUCCAAGAGGAGAAGGAGUGAGGAAGAGAAGUGAGGAAGAGAAGUGAGGAAGAGAAGAGAGGAGUGAGGAAGAGAAGAAGGAGUGAGGAAGAGAAGAGAGGAAGAGAAGAAGGAGUGAGGAAGAGAAGAAGGAGUGAGGAAGAGAAGUGAGGAAGAGAAGAAGGAGUGAGGAAGAGAAGAAGGAGUGAGGAAGAGAAGUGAGGAAGAGAAGAGAGGAGUGAGGAAGAGAAGAAGGAGUGAGGAAGAGAAGUGAGGAAGAGAAGAAGGAGUGAGGAAGAGAAGAGAGGAAGAGAAGAAGGAGUGAGGAAGAGAAGAGGGGAAGAGAAGAAGGAGUGAGGAAGAGAAGAGAGGAGUGAGGAAGAGAGGUGAGGAAGAGAAGAGAGGAAGAGAAGAAGGAGUGAGGAAGAGAACAAAAGAGUCAGGAAGAGAAGAAGGAGUGAGGAAGAGAAGAAGGAGUGAGGAAGAGAACAAAAGAGUCAGGAAGAGAAGAAGGAGUGAGGAAGAGAAGAGAGGAAGAGAAGAAGGAGUGAGGAAGAGAAGAGGGGAAGAGAAGAAGGAGUGAGGAAGAGAAGUGAGGAAGAGAAGAGAGGAAGAGAAGAAGGAGUGAGGAAGAGAACAAAAGAGUCAGGAAGAGAAGAAGGAGUGAGGAAGAGAAGAGAGGAAGAGAAGAAGGAGUGAGGAAGAGAACAAAAGAGUCAGGAAGAGAAGAAGGAGUGAGGAAGAGAGGAGGAGAAGGAGUUCAGGAAGACAAGCAGGAGUGCAGGAGGAGAACAAAGGAGUGAGGAAGAGAAGGAUUGCAGGACGAUACAGAGGAAGGAGACACAGAGUUUAUCCUCUAAACUGAUCUCUAAUAAUCUGCAAGUCAUCUGAUUCGUCACUAAUUUCAACAUGGCUUCAGAACUUGACUUUCUGCGAGAUCAGGGUUAAAUUUAGUUCUUGGCCGUUAUCAGGAUGCUCCUUCAGCAUUCACACAGAAUGAAGAUGAAGUGUGUGAUUCUGCAGCACUGUGGAGUACAGACCAAGGCAUCAUGGCUCCACUGAUAGUGGAAUAUGAUAGACACAUUCAGCAGAUGGAGAAACAACUAAAACUCUACCAGAGGCAGAUGGUGGAUGUCAGGGCCAGUCUGGAGCAGGUGGUGUGUGAGAAUGAACGGCUCUAUGCAGAACAGCGGCUCUCUGUAGAGAAACAGCUCCAGACUCUCUCUGUGGAUGAAGAUGCAGCAGAUACAGUCACUGUUACCAACUUGGAGGAGCAGGUCAAGUGUGCAGUGGAGGAGAAGGAGCGGGCAGUACAGAUGUGGCAAGUUGCUGCUCAGGAGCUGGAUCGUCUACAGAAACUUUACCAGACCACCAUGAGAGACGAACACAUACACAGCGCACAACACCAACACACACAGGGUCAGAUUUCUCAACUCCAACAACACACCCAGAAACUUCAGGUGACCAAUCAGAACCUGGAAUCGACCAAUGAAGAGCUCCUGAAGACCAUAACAGAACAGAGCAUUGAACUGGAGGAGCUACGUAACCACCUCAGGCGGGCGAAACUGGACCUCAGGACAGCUACCGCUAAAGUGGAUGAGAUGACUAAGUUCAUGAAGGACGUUCAGGAGCAGAUGCAGCGCACGGAGGAGGAUGCAGCAGAGGCUCAUGGGAGAGAGGAAGCAUCUGAUCGCAGGCUUUUGCAGCUACAGACAGCACUGUGCCAGAUAGAAGGCAGGUUGAAGGUGGCGGGUCAGGACGUGGAGACAAUGAGGAAGAAGGAGGUUCUGUGGGAGAAGCAGGUCGGGGAGCUUCAGAGUCGCUGUGCUGCACUAGAGGACGAGAAGUUUGAAGCAUUUCAGAGACUUCGGGAUUCACUGCAGCUGGCUGAGGAGGCGGCACUACAGAGAGAUCAGGCUCAACUCCGGGAAAAGCAGAGGGUGGAGGAGUUGGAGAGGAUGAAGGAAGGGAUGAAGCAACUGGUGGAGGAGGCAGCUGUCCGCACCAGGAAGGAGGUGGAGUGUGUACGUCAGCAGUGUAACACACAGAUCCAUCGUCUCACUGAGGAACUUGCAGCCCUGCAGCUGGAGUGUUCUGAUAAACAGAGUCAGCUGGAGAGAGCACACAGAGAGAGGAAGGUGGUGGAGGAGGAACUCGAGAAGGUGUACAGAGAGGGCCGAUACGGUGAAGCAGACCUGAGGAAGGUGGAGGCUCUACAUCAGAGGUGUUUAAAUGCAGAGAGAAUAAAAGACGAGCUGGAGCACACACUCAACACCACACGGUCUAACAUGAAGAAGAUGGAGAUGGAAUUGAGUGAGGAGCUGUUGCGCUGUCAGGAGGAGGUGCGCAGGCUGCAGGUGGCGCUGUCGAGCACGAGAACAGAGUGCAGCAGUGUGAGUGAGGAGAGACUCAGCCUGCAGCAGGAGAACCAACAACUACACAAAGACAUGGACACACUGCGCAAAGAGUGUGUGUCUGCACAGAGACACAACAAACUACAGGUGUCACGCAUGCAGCAGGAGGUGUGUGUGAAGGAGCAGGCUGUAGAGUCAAAGCUCAGGGAGAUGGAGGAAAGCCAUAAACACUCCACAGCUGAACUACAGCGCCGCCUGCUGGCACAACAACAAAACAACAAGCGCUACAGAGAGGAGAGCAUACAAGUCACACACAAACUGCAACACACAAUCACCUCUCUCAGGGUGGAGCUGAGCAGACAGAAGCAGUGCUGUCAGGAGCUGGAGAUGAGGCUGCAUUCAGAGCAAGAGAAGAUCCAAGAGUGUGAGCAUGAGUUAACAGAGCAGCAGGAGAAGAACACUCGCUUACAGACUCGACUCACUCAGGCUGAACACCGAGCGUCCACCACCUCACAGCAGCUCACACUGAUGACCCAGAGGAGAAAAACUGCUUCCAUGAUGGACCUGGAGACACUGGAAUAAAAGUGUCCUUACUGUUUCACUGGAGCUUUUCAGUCUAAUUACAUCAUCAUUAUUAUUUUAGUUUUAUUUUUAUUUAUUUUGUUUUUACAAAAAAUGAGGACUGAAUGAAUCUUUUUUACAACAUAUUUAACUUUUAAUUACACACAUUACAGUAAUGUAAACACAAAUUACAGCCAUGUGAGCAGCUGAUAUUUGUUUUUACACUGUUGUCUGUUGCACUACACACACACACCUCACACACACCUCACACACACCACACACGCACACACACACACCUCACACACUCACACCUCACACACACCUCACUCACACACACCUUAUACACACACACCUCACACACACCUCACACACAUACCUCACACACACACUUCACACCUCACACACACCUCACAGACACACACCUCACACACACCUCACACACACACACCCCUCACACACACACACCUCACGCACCUCACACACACACACACCUCACACACACACACCCCUCACACACACACACCUCACGCACCUCACACACACACACACACACACACACCUCACACACACACACCUCACGCACCUCACACACACACACACACACACCUCACACACACACACACACACACACACACCUCACACACACACACACCUCACACACUCACACCUCACACACACCUCAGGUACUGAUUCAGAAUCAACAAUAAAUGUGAAAGAGAUUUAAACGUGUUUACAUAAA